AUGCUUAAUAAUGGUUUAGACGCGCAAUCGGAACCAAGAUACCAUGUCGGAAGCAUAGCCGAUGAAUGUCGUGGUGUAGUAGCGGUCGCGGAAGUCCUGGGGUAUUUGUUGGUGGAUUUGGAAUUAAUGCAGGGUGUCGAGCUGGGUGCUGGUGUGGAAGUUGGUGGAAGGGUCGAGGUGGUGGUAGCAUUGGAGUUGGGUAUGCCGAACAGUUCUCGUGGAAGUGACUGGAGCAGCGGAGGCAAAGACAUGUCUGCCUUGGUGGAUACCGUAUUUGAGUCAUCGGAUAAGCUAGUGCUUGCGAAAGAAUACAGGAGCAAAAUGAAGUUCAUCGAGCAGCAUGUGAUAGCCUCACAUGCGUUCGACAUUACGCGCGGAACCUACUCAGAUAGAUCAGUGCCGAAGUCCAUAGGCACAAUGAACCGGGACCAGGCACAAACCAUGCAUCACCAGUUCAAGACGCAUACGCCUCGACCCGCCUGCUCUUCUAGCUGCCUUCUCAGACCUGCCACCGUAUCUCGGACUUCGGGCGCGCUGACGGACAUUACGAAACAUGACAGAUGCGAAGCAUGCAACAUAUGUGCCAACUCGGCUUUGCAAAAUGCCGCUGCUAUCGGCUUUGUGUCCAGGGCGCCCGAUGAACCUCGACGUGAUCGAGAUGCCUGGAUCAGCGGCUUUCUCAUGUCUGCGAACACUUCCGAGAGAUGGCUUUAUCAGAACGAUCUCAUCGGAAUAUGCAGUACUUACAGUACCUCUGCUGCGCUACGCCAGCGGUUGGAGCCGCAUUUCUCCACCUUGCUGCAUGCUGUUGACAGAAUCUCGACCUUGAGCCUUCGCAGCUCUCAGCUUAUUCUUCCAGAACACCAAGACUUCCACGUGCUGCAAUUGCAUGGCAAAUUUCACUCGCCUCAUUGCUUCGAGUUGCUGAUGAGUACAGCCAUCGCGUCGCGUCGCGUCGUGUCUGGUAUCAUCGAUCGUCGCGAUACACCAUGGCGUCGUCCUCAACCCCAUCCACUUCUGAUUCCACUACGCGACGCCCUUCGAGCGUCUGGCGUCAUUGAAAGAAUGGGCGGAGGAGAAGAAGAUGGUGACGCCUGGAGAGGGUGGCACAUUGGCGACAGGCAUAGGCGUUGGGUGGAGAAGCGGAAGGCGAAGAAAGAUGCCAAGCGGAAUGCGAGCGUGCCACCUUAUGAGCCCAAAUCGGCAUACGGAACGGAGGAUGGCAUGGUCGCGGUCGCCUCGGGCAUGGGUUUAGAAGGGUUCGGUAUUACUGAACCGCGCACUCCGGCAUGCGAUCAGUAUUUGAUGUCUUCAGCACGGGAGUUUGAGGCACCGGGGUGCAGGAGCUGCGAGGAGCACUGUGAGGAGCUCGAGGGGUUGGCUGUCGCUAUGGUGAUGUGCGCGCCCAACGAGCAUCUUAUGCUCAUCAGCUGGAGCGAAGUCAUGUGGGAUUGA